AUGAAGCUUAACACGGAUGGGUCGGCCUCGGGGAACUUGGGCAGAGCUGGGGUUAGAGGGGUUUUGAGAAAUGAGUUAGGCCGUUGGAUUCUAGGCUUUGCUUUGUUUCUAGGAAUGACCAACAGCCUUGUGGCGAAAUUGUGGGAAAUCCGUGGAGGGCUUGUUAUGGUCAAGUCCCUGGGUAUCCAGUCACUUUGGGUUGAGUUAGACGCCAAGGUGGUCGUGGAACUAAUAUGGGGGUCAUAUCGAGAUAAUCUCUUACUAAAACCUCUUAUUGAUGAUUGCAAGGAACUCGGAAGACACUUUUGGGAUCCUCGGGUGCAACAAGUAUAUCAUGAAGUGAACAAGGUGGCAGAUGCUCUUGCGCGGAUUGGAUGUGACACCAGUCAAGACCUCAUGUACUUUAAUAAUCCACCAUAA